CUCGUGGAGUAGGUCCGAGGCCCUGACGCCCGGCUGCUUGGAGCGUCCGCUAUGAGGAGAAGUGAGGUUCUGGCCGAGGAGUCCAUAGUAUGUCUCCAGAAAGCCCUGAAUCACCUUCGUGAAAUAUGGGAAUUAAUUGGGAUUCCAGAGGACCAGCGGUUACAAAGAACUGAGGUUGUAAAGAAGCAUAUCAAAGACCUCCUGGAUAUGAUGAUUGCUGAGGAAGAAAGCCUGAAGGCAAGGCUCAUCAAAAGUAUAUCGGUCUGUCAAAAAGAGCUGAGUACCCUCUGCAGUGAGUUACAUGUCGAGCCAUUUCAGGAAGAAGGAGAGACAACCAUCUUGCAACUAGAAAAGGAUUUGCGCACUCAGGUGGAAUUGAUGCGAAAACAGAAGAAGGAGAGAAAACAGGAACUGCAACUGCUUCAAGAACAAGAUCAAGAACUAUGUGAAAUUCUUUGCAUGCCCCACUAUAACAUUGAUGGUGCUUCAGUUCCCAGCUUAGAAGAACUGAACCAGUUCAGGCAGCAUGUGGCAACUUUGAGAGAAACAAAGGCAUCUAGACAUGAAGAGUUUGUCAACAUAAAGAGACAGAUCAUACUGUGUAUGGAAGAAUUAGAUCACACCCCAGACACAAGUUUUGAAAGAGAUGUGGUGUGUGAAGAUGAAGAUGCCUUUUGUUUAUCUUUGGAGAAUAUUGCAACACUACAAAAGUUGCUACGGCAGCUGGAAAUGCGUAAGUCACAAAAUGAAGCUGUGUGUGAGGGUUUGCGUGCUCAGAUCCACGAGCUCUGGAACAGGUUGCAAAUACCUGCAGAAGAGAGAGAAGCAGUGGCCACAGUUAUGACUGGGUCAAAGGCCAAAGUCAAGAAAGCGCUUCAACUGGAAGUGGAUCGGUUAGAAGAAUUGAAGAUGCAAAACAUGAAGAAAGUGAUUGAGGCAAUUUGAGUGGAGAUGGCUCAGUACUGGGACCAGUGUUUUUACAGCCAGGAGCAAAGACAAGCUUUUGCCCCUUACUAUUCUGAGGACUACACAGAAAAUCUGCUCCAGUUGCAUGAUGCCGAAAUUGUGCGGUUAAAGCACUACUAUGAAGGUCACAAAGAACUCUUUGAAGGUGUUCAGAAGUGGGAAGAAAGCUGGAAGCUUUUCUUGGACUUUGAGAGAAAAGCUUCAGAUCCAAGCAGGUUUACAAAUCGUGGGGGAAAUCUUUUAAAAGAAGAAAAGCAACGAGCCAAGCUCCAAAAAACACUCCCUAAGCUGGAAGAAGAGUUGAAGGCACAGAUUGAAGUGUGGGAACAGGAGCAUUCGAAGGCAUUUGUGGUAAAUGGGCAGAAAUUCAUGGAGUAUGUGACAGAACAAUGGGAGAUGCAUCGACUGGAGAAAGAGAGAGCCAAGCAGGAAAGACAACUAAAGAAUAAGAAGCAGACAGAGACGGAGAUGCUCUAUGGCAGUGCUCCCCGCACACCUGGCAAGCGGCGAGGACCAACACCCGGCACGCCGGGCAAAGUUCGCAAGCUGAACACUACCACCAUCUCCAACGCUACAGCCAAUAGCAGCAUUCGGCCUAUCUUUGGGGGGACAGUCUACCGCUCUCCUGUGUCUCGACUUCCACCUUCUGGCAGCAAGCCAGUCGUCACUUCCACCUGUUCAGGGAAGAAAACGCCCCGUGCCGUUAGGCAUGGAGCUAACAAGGAGAACCUGGAGCUCAAUGGCAGCAUCCUGAGCGGUGGGUACCCCGACUCAGCCCCCCUCCAGCGCAACUUCAGCAUUAAUUCUGUUGCCAGCACCUAUUCUGAGUUUGCGCGAGAACUUUCAAAGGCUUCCAAAUCUGAUGCUACUUCUCGAAUCCUCAAUUCGACCAACAUCCAGUCCUGAGAAGCCCUGAUUAGCCAGCCAGCUGUGGCUUCCUGUUCCUUGACCUAAUUAUAGAGGGGUAGCUUUAAUUAUUCUUCAGUUUGGUUUGCUUAAAACCCUGGAUGGCUUCCAUGACCAUGGGCUUAACUUUAAGACACAGAUGAGUGUUACAUCAUUUAUUCAGUGGGUCCUCAGAGACUUGGUUUUAUUUUGGCUCAAAAAAAAUACAUUAAAACUUAGUUUAUAGUAGUAAGUGCAAAUUUUAGCAUAUAGGGACCUAUUUUCUUUCUGUACCCCAUAAUUUCACUUGCUGAAGCAUGAUCAAGGCUUGUUUUAUUUCUCUCCAUUGUGUAGGAAAAUGAUAGAUUGUGCCCAUCCUUGGGGUAUGGGACAGAGGUAAUUCUGACUUGUAUACUUGUAAUUAGCAAUUAAGAUCUUUUUAAUUUAGAGAUGUUCAAUUAAUGCUGUAGCUUUGUUAGCUUUGCUCUCACCAGAAGGCCUGUGCCCACAGGGCAGCCCUCCUCAUGAGCAUGUCUUUGUGUAUCAGAAAUUGAGUAGCCUGUCCUACUGCCAAAGAAGUGACAGAGAGACUGGGAGUGACUUGGUUAAUUGUGUACAGUUCUGUUAUUA